AUGGCUCCCAAGAAGAACGCCGCCGCCGCUGCCGCUCCCGCUCCCUCGAUUGUCCCUCCUUCGACAGCCAAACCUGCCCACGGCCAGACAUCUGCUUCGUCUCAGCCCACCAAGCCCCUUCCCGCAUCUGUAAAGCCCACCUCGGUCAAAUCCACCGUCCGCAACUCGUCAGAUGCUCAAGAGAUCGCUUUGGCCGUGUGGGACCGCUAUGUUCACGAUACUCCCCAGCGUGUCAAGCUGAUUGACGUCUUCAUGACCUUCCUCAUCUUGGUCGGCCUUCUCCAAUUCCUCUACUGUGUCAUUGGUGGAAACUACCCCUUCAAUGCUUUCCUCUCCGGUUUUUCUGCCACUGUCGGCCAAUUCGUCCUUACUGCCAGCUUGAGAAUCCAGACCAACCCUCAAAACAAGGCCGACUUUGGCUCCAUAUCACACGAAAGAGCUUUCGCGGAUUAUGUGUUUGGAAGUCUGAUUCUGCAUUUCUUCUGCGUCAACUUCAUCAACUAA